UCUGAUUUCUCUUCUCACCACCGUUCGCUCUCUCUCUCUCUCUCUCUCUCUCUCUCCGCCCUCUUCCUUUUCACUCUCUCUGCAGCCGCCGGUCGCUGCCGCCCCCGCCUCCUCCGGUCGCCCGUGGCCACGGCCUCACCGCCUCGGACAUCUCUGUUAAGCGCUGCGAUUUGCAAGCGCCAAGCAGGCAGCACAGCAGCAGUGAGCCGCCCAGCCCUCGCCCCGCCCUGUCUCCUUCGAUUGACAGCUGCAGUGAGACUGCGCAGCGCCGCCCUCACCUAUUCUUUCCCGCGCCCCGCCUCCUUUGGCCUCGGUGCCUCCAUCCGGCUACUCCGCUGCAGCAGCCGUUUCCAACAAAAGUAUGCGAAUUGGGAAAGGAUGUAGUGGAGGCUUUUUUAAGAAAACAUAAGUUCAACAAGGGGAGAAAAGAGAUGUUUUUCCACAUGGUAUUGGAGAGAAACAUGCAACUACACCCUCGUCACUUUGGCCGUGAUCUCCGGGAUAAGCUUGUAGCCAAACUCAUGAAAGAUGUUGAAGGCACUUGCAGUGGUCACCAUGGGUUUGUUAUUGCAAUAACUGGGAUUGAAAGUGUCGGGAAAGGUCGGAUUCGUGAUGGGACCGGAUUUGUUGUUUUUCCGGUUAAGUACCAGUGUGUUGUAUUUCGACCUUUUAAGGGAGAGAUUUUGGAAGCUGUUGUUACAAUGGUUAACAAGAUGGGAUUUUUCGCUGAGGCAGGUCCUGUCCAAAUCUUCGUGUCCAAUCAUUUGAUACCUGAUGAUAUGGAAUUCCAACCUGGUGAUAUCCCAAAUUACACUACUUCUGAUGGAUCUGUCAAAGUACAGAAAGAAAGUGAAGUUAGGCUGAAGAUAAUUGGAACUCGAGUUGAUGCUACUGAAAUUUUCUGCAUCGGCACCAUAAAAGAUGACUUUCUUGGUGUGAUCAGUGAUCCGGGCGCAACCUCAUGAUGUGUCGUGUAGGCCGGGAAACUCGACUCCAUCUGCAUUUUUUUCUCCAAAUUUCGUACUCCGUCUGCUUUGUACUGUUACAGCUGAAUUGUUGGAGUGUAUCUCCCGAAAAUUUGCCUUAAUAGUUGAGUGAUGAGUAUGAUCGUUUUAUGUUUAUGGAACAUGGUGUCAAGAUUGUGAAAUGUAAAAUUGUAAUGCUUUUGUAUUCAUUUUCUCUUGAUAUUUCUAAGAAUUUCCUUACUGCAAA